CACUCCCCACCCCCUUCCCAGCAUCCUGCCGCAGACUGGGCAACCUCGCCUCUCGUUCUGCAUCUGCUGCCGCCACACAACCCAAAACUAGAACCAGAACCGGAACCGCGACAAGAAGCGGCCAUGCCAGAAACCAGCAAAACUCACGUGAUCCUGCUGUCGUGCGGCAGCUUCAAUCCCAUCACCUAUGGACACAUCCAUAUGUUCGAAAAGGCAAGGGACUACCUGCACAAAAGUGGGCGUUUCAUCGUGAUCGGAGGCAUCAUUUCGCCAGUGCACGACUCGUAUGGAAAAGCUGGUCUGGUGUCCAGCAGGCAUCGUCUGACCAUGUGUCAGCUGGCCGUGCAGUCGUCCGAUUGGAUCAGGGUGGACCCCUGGGAGUGCUACCAGGAUACCUGGCAGACCACCUGCAGUGUCCUGGAGCACCACAGAGACCUGAUGAAGCGAGUGACGGGCUGUAUUUUAUCAAACGUCAACACACCGUCGUCGACCCCCGUCAUCGGUCAGCCACAGGCUCCGCCCAUUUACCAGAACCACAACAACUUGAAUCACAAGACAACCUCCGUGAAACUUUGGGGAAAGCUGAAUGAGAGUUUGGCCAAAGUUUGCUGCGUGCGCCCUCACAUGGAACGCUUUACCUUCAUUGAUGAAAACGCCAACUUAGGACCUGCCAUGACAUAUGAGGAGAUCGAGUUGCGCAUCUUGCUCCUGUGUGGAAGUGACCUCUUGGAAUCCUUCUGCAUUCCUGGCCUGUGGAAGGACAGUGAUAUGGAGGUGAUCGUGGGUGACUUCGGCAUGGUGGUGGUUCCUCGUGAUGGCGCUGACACGGAACGGAUCAUGAAGCAGUCAUCGGUGCUGCGCAAACACCAGGACAACAUCGUGGUGGUGACGGACGACGGCAAGCAUCCCAUGGCGAAGGUCAGCUCCACUAAGAGCAGACUGGCACUGCAGCACGGCGACGGCCACGUUGUGGACUAUCUGUGUCAGCCGGUCAUCGACUAUAUCCUCAACACGCAGCUCUACAUCAAUGCUUCGGGAUAGGUGCCGCUCGUAGUGCUGCGCGAACAUGUCUCCCGCUCGGCUAUCACAACGCAACUUCAGUGCAGUGAACCCUCACCCAUGCCCCUAAACAAAGUUCAAAGUAACAAACAAAAACCAUGGCAGAAACUAAAAACUCUCAAUAACAAAAACAUGACCAAAACAGGACUGAAGCUAAAACAUAACGAUGAACUAAACAUGACUGAAACAAACAUGAAAGUAGCAAGAAGCAACAAUGACCCGACACUGAGUGUUGGGGCUGGGAGUCCUUUUAAGGCCUUAAUUACCUAUACCAACAGGUGUGCAGCUCUCGGGGGAGCCCUACAGUGCCACCUGUUGGUCGCUAAACCGAAUCGUGACACAGCGUGCUUGCCUCAAGCUGUUUAUUUGCCGCGGCAGUUAGUUGACUGAAAAAAAAGGACAAAUAUAAGAGAAAGACAAUUAACCAUUAUGUAUUUAAAUACCAACGUGCUCAACUAAACCAUAUGAUGAAGUCGAAUCAAAGUUUAUUAGCUUAAUGCUAACAUUAAAUGGAAAACGCUAUAGAGAGGCUGAUAGAAAUGAUCAUUGACAUUAUGGUAGCUCUAAACCUUUAAAACAUUGGCCACUUUAUGUCCCGGGCAUAUUGCCAGACAUCAUAAUCUACAAAGCCAUUUGAGGCAACUGAAAUAUUUUUGUUGAAAAAGUUUCACCUUCAGCUUGAAAUUUUAGGCAAACAGAGCAUCUACGCAUACAAACAGCAUUCAACAAUACACACUGGCAUAUAUUUUCUCUGCUUUAGAGGACCCUCUUUGCCUUUUCAUCUUGCUCGUAAUUACGGCACAUAAUGUAGCUCAGCUUUGGGUGUAGCUCAGUGCUGCCUCACAUGUUGUGGUACAAUGUGGUACUGCACUUAACACAACUCCAAACUCGAUCUUGCCUGUAAACUGUAAAAAACGGUAAAAUGAAUUUGCUUCAAAUGUGUAAAAUAGCGGAGUCCAUGGAGGAUAAAUGGCAACUAAGUGGGGGUUCACUGUAACUGCGGGACUGAUGCACACGCACGUGUGUGUGCGCGUGUGUGUGUGUGUCGGUGUUUCAUGGGGCAGGGAUGGGGGGGUUCACUUUGGCGCCACUUCUUGUUUUUCAUCCAAUCAGCAGAUGCAUGAACCCACAGCUGAUUAGGAACUGUACAGUUUGUGCCCACAUACACCCAUUUUGAAGUCAAUUAGCGCGUUAGCCAUCGCUUGCUGCGAAGUUGAAGCGAUUGGUGGGAACAGCUCCCCCUAUUGGAUGUCAGUGGAGACCCUGAACUGGGCUUCUCUUCAUAUAGCGUUCACGUUGAUCCUUAAAGGUGAUAUAUUGUGCUUUUCCUUCCCAAUUCAAGAGAGUUCGGUGGUCUGGUCUGCUCUGUGGCAUGCCUUCAGCAAAAUAGGCCAAUAAAGCAACACUUUUUUGACAUUUAUUUUAAAUAGCGUAUUUCUUGCCACCGUAAAAUGGACUUGUUUUGCCCUCAUCCCUCCUCACAUACUGCUCAACCGAUGGUGAGCGCUGCUUUCACUGCGAUGGCAACCAGUGGGCUGGAUCUUCUCUAUUGUGCACAAUAUGGCCCUUGUAAAACAUUCCGCGUAAAUUUAGAGGAAUUGAGGACUCUGAAGCUUUUUGACAAAGAUCCACUUUUUUCAAAGUAUGGUAGUACAGUACUGAAUGAAUAGUUUUUCAAAGUAAAAGCUUCAGUGAAUGGAUGGCUUUUCAAAGCGAAAGCCUGCGUGAAUGUUUGCUUGUCAGUGUCGGUGUUGACUGUGCAGCAUGUUGACACUCUGCUUGUGCUUGUGGCAUGACUUAGAUCGAUUUAUUAAAAUUCAACACAAGAACAAA